AUGGAUAGACAACAGAUACAACAACAUCAAUAUAGUUUGUUAACGGAUUGCCAGAGACUUGGUCAUUUGUGUCAACAAGUCGAUGGUCUGUUGCGACAGAUAAAGUCAACGACGACAGCAGCAUCGACAGCAGCAUCUCUAUCACUUACAUUGGACGAUACGAAUCAAUGUAGUUUGUUACAAUUACCAAUCACUCGACUAGAGUUGGCAUUGUCAUCACUCGAACGUUGUCCAGUAUUCCACAAACAACAACUAUCACAACUAUCAUUAUUAUAUUGCAAUCACUUUCAUUAUCAGGCUGCGACAUCACUAUCGGGUACAACACCAGAGUCGAACAUAGGCAGUGGCAACAGAUUACUCAUCAAGCCAACAACAACAACUACAACACAGACAUCAUCAACUUCUUCACCAAAGCAUGCUGCUGGUCCCAACUCACCUUCAACCUUGACAACGCCAAACAAGGGCGCCAACAACAACAAUGAAUCGUUUGCCUCGCCACAGACACAACAACAACAACAUCAACAACAACAUAUUACAAGUGAUACUAAGCCAACUCACAUGGUGCUGUCAUCGCCUCAAACAAAGGAGUUGCGUAGACAUAAGCAACAACAACAUCAACAUCAACAUCAUCACUCUCAACAACAUAAACAACAUCAUCAAUUCAAACAUAUUGAUGAACAUAUAUUAGUGACACAUGAGUACUUGGUAUCAUUGCUCGAUCGCAAUCCAACUGGCUGGUACACAGCCAUCCUUCAGUGGACCCUACAGACCCUGGCACUCAUCGACCGACUAAGUACAAUCAACACGCCUCUACACCAACUGCACACAGUCGAUGGCGCAGUAGUUGGACAGUCCGCCAGUGUCAUGAUCCAGAGCAACCUACGCUACCUCUCAAUCAGGACACUCUCUUCAAUCUUGCUACACUUGACCAAGGAUGGAAUAGAUCGCUUCCUGAAUCAAUCUAGGUUACUGGAUGGCAUGCCAAUCAGUUGGAUAACAUCAUUCAUUUGUGCCAAGUAUCCAUUGAUGACCUUGAGUCGUUCUCUUCAGACUUGCUUGAAGUGCUUGGAUGAUGGAGUCGAAUCCAAGGCAGCACAGUUCAGCACGCUCGAAUACCUAUCAACUCAGUUCACAGAGAUUAUGGGACAUACGAUAUCCAAUCACAUCAAGCAACAACAACAAGGUGGAGGCGAGUCAACCAACAAGUUCCUCAAACUACUACACCAAUGCCCUGUCCUCAUAACUAUAUCAACGCCAAUCAUACUCAAUCUACUUGGCGCCAACAACAACUACACGACGACCACGACGGACUUGCUCAACAAGUUGAUACUCGAUCGUAUCUCAUACUUUGAGACAACAACCUUUAGCAACAUAAUCACUCUACUCUACAACAACAACGACAACAACAGCAACAAGUCAUUCUCAAGUGCAUUACUAUCAUCAAUCAUUGAACAACUAGAGAGAAGUUGGAUAUUUGGUCAACAGGGCGUGUCGCCAUCGGACGAUGAUGUUGGCAACGUUGCAGCAUCACCCUUUAAAGUCAUUCUCCAAGAACUCGCCCAUUCAAUCAAACUCUUUUGCGAUCUUAUAAUCCAACAACCAACAACAACCAUGCACAAACGCAUGAUGGACCUCACUGCCAUCGUCGCGCUGGCCAGCUCCAAGGAGACCUGCAUCCAAACACUGCUAUUCUUCCUCUGUAAAUCAUCACCCAAUCACCUUCAUCAUCACUUUGUACACUUCUCUCGCCAGUUCUCAAUCGUUCAUCCAUCCGCCGUGCAGGACUGCGUGGCGCUGGCAUUCAAGACGAUCGACACCUUUGCCCAGGCCGACGCCGAGCGACUCCUCGAGAACAUACUCUACCUGCUACAGUUGGCCACCGAUGAUUCAACCCACGCGCUCACGACACAGACCCUCCAGGCCACGCUGUCCAGCUGGUGGGUUCUGCUCCCGAUGAUGGCGCAUCCAAUCCCUCGCAUUCAGCAACUGCCCCUGCUCAUACUGAAGUGCGCGUUGGACCUUGUACAUGACCGUCCAUCAAUAGGCUUCAAGGAUUUGGUCGACAUGAGGAUACUGGGCGAGAGGAUACUCAAGAUUGUCUUUGCCCAGUUACUCCAGAUGCCAGUGGAAGUGCGCGAUAUCCAACAAGAGAUGCAAAGGAUCAACAAACUCAAUCAACUCAAACAUAUUUAUCACUCAAUAUGCUCACAGAGUUUGUUCCAGCUUCAUUGGGGCGUCGACCUGAUACUUGACCUCAUUCUCUCGCCAUCGACGGCUGAUGAUAGACUAAAGUGUCCUGUUACUUUGGUUGUAGCGCCAGCCAACAGUCCCACUCAUAUGGAGAACGAACAACAAGAACAACAAGACUCAAACUGUGCCAAUCGCAUCAAGGUCGAUCUGAUACUCUACCCAACUGCGCCACUCUCACAACCCAUACCACUGGAGUGGAAUACAAAGGAGACGGCUGCGGCUGCCGAAGCAGGAGACAACGAGUCGACAUUGCUCGAGGUCAACUUCAAGCGCAAGACCUAUCAAUACAAGUUCCACGACAUGAACAAUCCACGACACCAGCCCUUCAAGAAUGUAAGGGUGCGCUUUGACGACUCGUCCGAUGUCCACGACAGGGGCACGCGGGCUACUGGUCUGCCAGCCAACUACAACCAAGCAGCCAAUCAAGCAGAGAUCAUUGCACUGCUUCAAUCAAUGAUGCAUGAUCGUGACGCUCAGAAGACAUUGAACAGUGACAAGUUGGCCAUUCUAUCGGAACACAUUGCACUGCGCACGCUGCCCAGCCACAUGAACCCAUCAUACGACAGCUAUCAAGACAUCCUGCCCAAGCCCUCAACAUUUGAUCGCGACAUCUAUGUCCGCAAGCUAUUCCAACAGAAUGACAUACUCUGGGACAUACUCGAGAUUGUGUCAUUGGAUGGCAGAGAGCUGUGCAAGUGCUUGGAGUUGGUCAAAGCGUUGUUGGUCAACGCCAUUUCAUAUUGGUAUGCAGAGAAGUAUGUUGUGUCGCCUUCAAAGUCAUCACAGUUCCGUCACACAUGUCAAUUGGUACGCAUCAUUGCCAAUGCUCAGCUGGUGCCCUCGCCACUCGGUCACUCAUCCGAACUGUUUGAUUGGAUCACCACAGAGGAGAUAUCAUUCAUCUUAAUGACAAUGUGGAACUUUAUCAAGUAUCAUCAGCCAACUCCAUCACAAUACUCAAGUAGUAGUACAUCAGCAUCAUCAUCAACAACAACAACUUGGCAACCUAUAUCAAAGCGUGACUUUUAUGAUGAAGGCAAUACAUUAGCCACACCUAACCUGGAGAUGUACACUCAAGCACUCAAGUCCAUCUUCCACAAUCAUAUCAAACAACUUGCGCCACUCUAUGGUCGAUACAUCCAUCAAUAA